CGGGGCGGGCCCGCGGGAGGGUGCCGGGAGCGCGGCGGGGCCGGGCCAUGGGCAGCGUGCGCUGGGCCUUCCCCUGCGGCGCCUGGCGACCGCGCCGCCGCGAGUGGCUGCUGGCCGCGCAGCUGGUGCAGCCCGAGGAGAAGGAGCGCAUCGGCCAGUUUGUCUUUGCCCGCGAUGCCAAAGCCGCCUUGGCUGGUCGCCUGCUGCUGAGGAAAUUAAUUUCAGAAGAGCUGUGCAUACCUUGGAAUGAAGUGCAUUUGCAAAGAACAUCAAAAGGAAAACCUUUCCUGGCUAAUAACUUACUCAGUAUCAAUUCAAAUUACAACUUCAAUGUCUCUCAUCAAGGAGAUUAUGCAGUCCUUGCAGCUGAGCCUGAGCUUCAAGUUGGCAUUGAUAUUAUGAAGACUGAUUUACCAGGUAGUAGCUCAAUUCCAAAUUUCUUUCACAUAAUGAAGCGACAGUUUACUGAAACGGAGUGGGAUGUAAUCAAGUCUAUGAGUAAUGAAUGGAUGCAGCUGGAUAUGUUUUAUCGGCACUGGGCCUUAAAAGAAAGCUUCUUAAAGGCCAUUGGAGUUGGAAUUGGCUUUAACUUGCAAAGAAUUGAAUUUGAUGUGUCUCCAUUGCAACUGGAAAUAGGGAAGGUGUAUAAGGAGACAAAAAUGCUUCUGGAUGGAGAAAAAGAAGAGGAGUGGACAUUUGAGGAAACUCGCUUGGAUGAUCAUCAUCAUGUUGCAGUGGCACUUGGGAAACAGGAGGGAUUUGUCCAGAAGGAUUCUGAUGUCCAUUCCAUGGAGCCUAACCGACCGCAAUUUACAGUAUUGACUUUUGAAGAUUUAGUUGCAUCUGGUAUUCCAGUCGCACCUGAGGAUUCUGCAUAUUGGGACAAUUUCUGUUCAAAGCAGGAGGGUCCAGUGAGACAGAGUUCACAUUCAAGAUAAGACUGCAUAUAAGAAAAGAAACUUGUCAAAGUUCUUAUGCAGUUAUCCUGGCACAUGUGUAAUGAAACUUAUGUUUCCCUAUUUAAGCUGACAGCCUGACUUUUAUGAGACAUCAUUGGAAUUGUAAGGAAGACAUAUUCCCUUACUGAAGGAAUUCUGAUUGACAAGGCUAAACUAACAUGCCUUUUUGCAUCUCCUUGCUUGUGGUUUUUACACUUCAGUAAUUAUCCAGGCUAGGAACAGAAGGCAGUUGUACAAUAAUGUUGUUUAUUAGUGAACAAGUGUUUAGUAUAUAAAAAUGUGUUUCCAUACUUAUUUAUGCUGAAGGUUAAAUUAUGAUACUGCUUUUUCUCUUAGAAAAAUUAUUCAUUUAUUCUCAGAUGGACAGAUAAUGUCAGUAGAAUUGGUACAAAUUCUUACGCUCUUAUUUUGUGGUGCAAGUGUUUGUACAACACUUAGUGUUUGUGUAAUGCCAGGCUGAAAAGGUCUGAGUCGUAGUAGUCUUGGAGCUACAUGUGUGCAAAAGUAGUUUGAGACAGGGAAUUAACUUACAAAUAUUUCACAGUAUUUUCACUUCUUUCUUUGUUAAUUAAAGCUUCCUGUACACAACUUAGUAUUUGCCUUUUAACAGUUCUUUUUUGUAUUUUUUCCCUCAGUGACAGAUGCAAGCCAAGCAGCAGUUCAAUUUUCCUAGGCUUGCAUUUGCAUUAGUCAUAGAAGGAACCCAAAGAAAAAAAGAAAGCUGUUUAUUUUUUUUCCAAAUAGUCUUGUAACAUCUAAUGACAGAACAUUUUACUGUCCUAACAUCAAAUGAAGGUUUCUGGAGAUCUGUAGAUCUUGAGUGCACAUCUAGAAUAUUUUGUCUUCUUUUUCAAAACAAAUCCUGUUUUGUGCCAUUAUCUCUCACUCUUCUUUCUAGAAAUCAUAAAUAGAGUGGUCCAUCUAAAUUUAAGAAAACAUACUGAACAGAAUGAUCUUUGCACAAAAAAUAAUUACCUUCUGUCCUACAGUUGAACAUAGAUCUGGAUUUGAACUGGAAUCCAUUGAACUGGAUUUGGGGUUGUGUACAAAUAGGCUGCACCCUGUAUUCUGGUGUACACCAUGAAAAGGAGAAUCUACUUGAAGUCUGACCAGUGAAUUUAUGUCUUAUUACAGAGAUGAAGAAAAGUUCGCAAGAGAAGAUGAUUUUUACAACUAUUAUACAAGCAUUUGGAGUUCUGUGGUAGAUAAUUCUGAAUUCAAACAUGCUGUUGAACUCUGCUGCUUCCAGUGCUGAUUAAUAUUUUUUGUUUCCAUUUCUAUGACUCUCUCAUUCUGCAUGCUAAUCAUAGUUUUUAGUGUUUUACUUUUUUUCCCUCCAAAACUAUGAAUCCAUGAAGCAAUGACUCUUCUCUCCAGACUCCACAGUGGCUAAAUUAGAUGUUUAACUUCAAAUCUGAAAUUUAAAAACAUACAGGAUGUUUUAUUGUUUUAUAUACUAAUUCUAUGUUAUGUAUUCCAGAUUGUUUGUCUUUUAGAAAAAUGAAAUUCAACUUGCAAUAAAUAAUUUGCAAUCCACAGAGGUCCAGUAUAUGCCAGGCAGUCACUGGACCCAUCACUUGCAGCUUUGCCAGACAGUUUGACGUUGCCAACUUUUUUGCUUGGACAAUGAAUCGAACUGCAAAUAUGGGAUGAGCUGAAUAGAAAAAUUUCAGAUCUAAAUUCCUGGGGAUAAGAGAAUUAAUUUCAUGUUAGGGAUGAGUUAUUUUUGCAUGGAAGCGGUGUCUCAAACCAGAAAUUUUCUUUCAAUGGAAAGAGUUUUAAAAGUAUUAAUGAAAUUAUUUAUAAUAUUAUGCUUGCAUGUAAGUAGAGGACAAGCCAAUUUUGUUAAAUUAGAAAAUUGUGCUUGGUUUUCUUGCAAGGAAUAUGAUAGUUUUCAAGGCUGUAUCUAAUUAGAAAGACCUAAAAGAAUUUGUUUUGGUUAGUUUUCCAUGAAAUAAAAUCUUAAUUUAGAGUGGUUCAUAAAGAAUUGUCUAGAAGACUGCAGUUUCUCACAUUGUGAUUUUUUUCAUGUCUUUUAAUUUACACUGAACUGUUUGAAAAAUAAUAUUCAUCUCCUUUUUAAUCUUAAUAGCAAUAAGGUUAGGUGAUGGUAAUGCCUUUUGAAGAGCCACUUGAGUCAGGUUGUUUCAUGUCAGUGCAAAUGGACACAAUUGUUAACUUGCAUUUACCUCAGUAGGAAAGAGCAGCUGCCUCGUUAUGGAAUUUUUGGCUAAAAGCAUGCUGCUAAAAGGCCAGCAGGACAUACUGACUCCUUAUGAAUGUGAAUGAUCCUUCUUUAAGUCAGAAGAAAGUUUUUCAGGAUAUCUGUGCUGUGGAGGCACAUACUGAAAUAAGUGUUGCUAGUGUGUACAAAUUGAUGUAAUUUCACAGUUCUAAGAUUAAUUUCUUUUUUAAUUCACCAUCACACCUUUUCCUGAUAAAACAAUAAUUGAGCCAUUUCUCCACACAAGGCCAUAACACUGACUUACUUGCAUUUCCACAGAAUACCCUGCUAAUGGCCACAGAGUCCCUCUGCCAUUUUAGAACAGCUCCAGCUUCCCUCACUAGGUCAAGUUGUUGGCCCAGUCCAGGGUAGGUGAGCUGACCUUUGCUGUCUCCCAUCAUUCUUCUGUCCCAGUUACAUCUAAAAGCCUUUAGAUGUAACUGGGACAUCGGGGCCUUUAGUUUCCUUUUCCAGAGCUCCCUUCCUUCAUCUGUUUGUUUUCUCGAUACUGUCUUGACAUAAUUGUACCAUAUGCCUGAGAGGGUAAGAAGCUGCAAAAACACAAGCUCUGCUCCACAUGAGCCUUUCCCAGCAGUGGCUGUAGCUGGGUGGAUUUUUUCGCUAUGAAACAGCAUUGACCCAUCCUCCUGUUUCUCAAAUUCUCAGAUUUAGGUCUUAGAUUAGAUCUGCUGUCCUAGGUGGCAUGUCAACAUGGUGUUUCUGAGAAGUAUUUAUUAACAAUCUCUAUCAAAAAAAUACAUUUUAAAAGUUUUGAUCUUCAGUGAAAAGACUGUUAAAAGUGAAUAGAUGUAUUUUAGUUUGGAUUUGUUCAAAACUUUUUGCAUCUUACAUCAAAAAUUGUCAGGUGGAUUAGGAACUUCAGGGAGUAAAACUGGUUUCAAGACAGUUAGCAGCUGUGUGACAAGAGAUAGGUGGCAUUUGAUGUGAAAUUCUGUAACUUUGAAAAGUGGAUCAUGUGAGUUCACUCAGCCUUUUACAGAAUCUGCAAACUUACGCAAGGUGUGGAUUGUUAGUAUCUUGUGGGAUCGAGUCCACUGAUGUUAAUCAAGUAUGCUCAUCUUAGACAAGAAACCAGAGAUGCAUCAACAGAAGUAGUGUAUAUAUGGUUGUUGUAUGUGUGCUCUGGGGAACAUCCAGGCAACAGCUCAACUUUAAAUAACCAUCUUUACCCAAGACACUGCAAUAAGGCGUUGAUAUGCGACAAAGUUGUAAAGAGAUUAUGCAAGUCAGCAUAGAGUGCCUGUUGUUGGAGAUUUACAGGAUUAUAGUGCUACGUUCUACAAAGAAGAUAAACGUGAUUCUUGGCAGAAUUGAUACAGCCAUGUCUAAAACAGCAAUUGAGACUGUCAGCCUUAACUGCUGCUUAAUUCUGCAGGAGGGCUUCAUUAUCCUCCAGAACAGUUAGUUUUGAUUACUUCACUCUUUGUAGAAAAUGUAAGCAUGAAAAUAAGUUCUGAAUUUUCAAGAGAAACAACAUUUGAAAAAUGGGUUGGUUGGGUUUUUUUUCAAAAAGUCAUUUUUUGUAAUUUUUUUUGCACUGCACAUGCAAUUUUUUUUGGCCAGACAUUGUAUAUGAAUCCUGUUUCUUCUAAAAUUGGGUAUAAUUUCCUUACUGCAAUAAAAUGUGGACUAUUUUCUGUU